AUGCCGAACUUCAUGCCCAAGGCUUUCACGCGCAGAAAAUCUUCGGGAAACGCGCUGGAGGAUUUUGACAAGCCCGGGGAGCCGUCUUUCCGGGUCAUGCCUCGGACAGACCUCCCGAAAACAGCCACAACCGGCGAGCUGAGCUUGGGUGUCAGGCGUGCCUUCAACCCGCGCCCGGUGAGCUCGCCCUUGGGGCACAUGCAGCCUGCUCAGCCUGCACAGCACCUGCGGCAGAACUCGUACGACGAGAGCCCGUACGCCGGCCCCGGUAACAGGGGAAGCAACGGCAGCAGUGCCGCCAACUCCAGUGCCUCGCGGUUCUACGACACGGGCUCAUCUGCGCGUCACAGCUCGACCUCCACCCUGCCCUCUUCCGCCGAGUUCGACAACGACGAUCUUUUUACCAAAAAGGUCCCCGUCCCAAGCGAAGCCCGUGACCGCACCUCGUCCUUCACGAGCAUAACUGGCCGUUUUGCGUUUCACCGGAAGUCAGGAAAGGUCGCCGGGUCGCCCACUAUCAAGAAUGAUUCGGAGGAUGUACACUCUGGUCGGGAUCGAGCUAUGACCGCAAGCAGUUAUGCGAGCACGGCCCAUCCUCCUAAGCUCGAGAACUUGCCAGCAACGGAUUUUGGCAACGACUUUGGAGAUCUUUUCACCAGUUUUGCCUCCCAGCAGCGGAAGAGCGCUAUCCUCGAAGAGUCGCCCCUCCCGCUGCCCCCUCCGCUCGCCAUGAGAUCCGAGUCCGAGCCCGCGCUACCUCCGCCUCCCAAAACCUUUGCGUCGUCCAGACCCACCCAGCCUCCAUCUCCCAUCCGCGUUGACAGGACUAAAGACGUCAACGGGUCUCCGUACUCGUGGGACAGCCGCGACUCGAAUGAUAGGCUGAUGGCGUCUCCUGUUGCCGCUCAUUCCCCCUACAACGAAAGGGUUCCCCCGGUACCUCGUCACUCCGUCCCACUGUCGGCCAGCCCACCACCGCUUCAGGUCCGCACUCAUUCCAACCCGGUCUCGGAGCGUAAGUCUGUCCGCAACGGAGCCAUGAAGGCUCCUUCGCUGCCCGUGGAGGAUGAAGAUGCCAAAAUGGUCCGAGAGUCUUUCCGGGCUAGUCGCGAUGCCAAGGAGCUGGAGGGGGCCCAGACUCGCCAAAACGGGUCUUCCGAAUCCUCCGUGAAAACACCGUCUUUCUCUUCAGCGCACUCGAGCAUUCAGUCCCAACACCAAGCGCAGCCUGUCACGGCUGCAUCUUCCCCGGACUCGAUGGCUGAGGCAACACCCCGUGCCAAGGGUGUCAGCACGGCCAAUGAGGAGUCGCGCCCCUUGUUCAGCAAGACGCCCCCCACCCCACUGACGACCAGGCCGGGCGUCCGCUUCGAAUCACAGAAGCCUGCGCGCAUGACUCAGGCCGAAUUCGCUGUUCUACAGCGUCAGCAUCAGAAAGACCCCUUGAGUGAUGACGAGUCUGACGUGUCUGAUGAAUACAUUGAUGACGACCAGGAAGAGGAGGAACGCAAGAAGAUCGAGGAGAUGCGCAAGAUCCGCCAUCAGCAGCAAGAGAAAAUGAGCGCGCAUCGGGAGAUGAUGAAGAAGACCGUUGGUGGCAUGAAUCAGUCUCUCGGUGGCCGUCCUGUCAGCAUGGAGAGGCCUGGCAUGAACAGGGCUAGCAUGAGCACGUCGGAGCUUCUCGGAAACCGAGCUUCGUACUUCGAUGGCAAUGAGGACGAGGAUGAGACCGACGACAUUCCCCUGGGCAUCCUGAAAGAGCACAAAUUCCCCAAACUCGGCAACCGCCUGUCGCACCAUAGUUCGUUGACGAAUCUUCGCUCGGCUUCUGCACAGGGUAUGCGCCCCGGCUCAGCUGCUGGCUCCAUCAUGGGGGGUCCUACGAACCUUCCACCAUUUGCGCGUGGCCUUCCAGCGGACCUUCCCUCAGAGCCUUACCUCGGCGCCAACUUGGUCCAGCAGCCUAUGCGGGAGUCCAUUGGUUACGGGGCCAUGGGCCCCGCUUCCGUGUAUGAAGGUUCGGCCGGUGGCAACGCGCAGCCUACGUUGGUCAACAUGAUCGCAGAUGCUGAGCAGGCGAAGGAGGCUCGUCGCGGCGGCGCCACGAAAAUCUUCGGCACUACCGCCACAUACGGACAACGGUUGCCUCAACCAGGACAGAUGGGCCAGGGCAUGGGCCAGGGCAUGGGAAUGCUUGGGCUUGGAAUGGGUAUGCCUCAAGCGCAGCCGCAACAGAUGUUCAUGCCGCAACAGCAGCAGCAGCAGCAGCUGAGCAUGAACAUGCAGCAGAUGCAGAUGCAGCAGAUGCAGGCAAUGGCUCAGCUUCAACAGCAGAUGCAGAUGAUGCUACAGCAACAGCAAAUGGGUAUCCACCAGGGUGUGCCGCAGAUGGGCAUGCAACCCGUGAUGCAGCAAGGCAUGAUGGGCCAAAACAACUUUGGGGCUCUUCUAGGCCAGCGUCCGAUGUCCAUGGCCAGCGCGCAGGGGCUUGGCCAGCAGCGUACGAGGAGUAUGGUAAACCCGCCUUCGAUGAGCUUCGGUGGGCUGCAGCAGCAGUUCGGCAGCCAUCUAACACCUGGCUACGCGCCGUCUCUUGCGCCAUCUGAGCGCAGCAACGUAGGCAAGUCUGCCCGCUACAGGCCCGUUACUCAGCCGAUUCAUGACGGUAGCUCCACAGUCAUGUCUCAGUCGACCGUUCAGCCCGGCCAGCCGGAUGCGAACCGCUUGACGAUCCGGGUCAAGGCGAAGUCGCCCAAGUCGCAGACAGGCGGAGCGAACGAGGACGACGACGAGGGCUGGGGCUCGCCGAAGAAGAAGUGGUCGGCGAAGAAACGGUCACAGUCGGACAACCAGCUCUCUGACUUCAUUCCGGCCUUCGAGUGA